AUGAGCAAGUCGGCCUCGAGCAGCGCUGGCUCACCACCCCCACUCAGAUCGAGACACUCAACCAGGCCAGAGGAUAUCGAUCUCCUGUCGAUCGACGAUCCAGAUGACCUCUUCCCCAACUUCACCAUCCGCGAGAUCCGCGCGAUCGAGCAACGCGCACGGGCUGAUGCCGACCAGAAACGGGAAGACCUCAGGCAGAUGGUCGGCGAACGAUACAGGGACCUGCUAAGUGCCGCCGAUUCGAUCGUCAGGAUGAAGAUCAGCUCAGAGAAUCUGCUUGGGAGCUUGGACCACGCUCGACUGCAGUCCGACAGAAACCGCCUGAAAUCCAAAGCACAACUCGCAGCUAACUCGCAUACUAGCUCAAUCACUGGAUCAUCCAAACUCUCCUACAUCCUGGCCACCCUGCUCAGGCUGCUGUUAGAUCUCUCAGAGCACAUUUGGAGAUCAUUGGAGCAGGAAGACUUCUUGACAGCCUCUAGGUAUGAAUCACUAGGUCGGAUCAUCUCGAACGAGCUGACGAGCGGAAAUUGGGAUCCAAGCGGGGAGACUGAACCAAAGGAGGUCAUCGAGAUGUUCCCGAUCGUCGAGAGGCAGAGCGAGACCUUGGCACAACUCGGUCCUCAAAUCUCGGCUCGAGCAAAAGGCUUCCUGAGGAAAUGGGAAGCCAACAGUCAAGCCACGAUGGAAGCCCUGGCCGCUGUGGUCCUGAUGGAUACCACCAGUCUAUCGGACAGUCUCCAACUUCUCUUGCUCGUUCGCAAGACCGCCUUCAACUCGUUGAUCGCUCGUCUGAAUGGAUCCUGGACAGAACUCAUCAAGAAUGCAGUCAAACUCUUACUCGCUACCCUAGACAAUGUCGAGCAGAUCUUUCUCAAGGAUGACCUGACUGACUUGUUGAAGAGUGUCCAAGAAGGCUCGUCUGAAGAGAAACACCUCAAACCCCUCCUCUCCUUACUCCCCAAUGCUCACCAAUUGAUCCACCACAUCCCUCAAUCGAUCAUCAACUUUUGUCCGUUUGUGGCUGCGCUAGCUGGCUCAGAAGAUCUCCGACCUCAUUCAAUCACCGAAUCUUGGUUCCAAGCUUGCCAGCUAGAGCUCAUCUCAUACAUUGACAAGAAACUCGAUCAGGUUCAAUCCACUCAGACCCUAGUUGAAUUCAGAUCAAGUCUUCGUGAGAUGAUCGGUGAACCGAACGGUCAAUUCCAAUCAACAAUCGAACGAUUCGGAAAAGCCGUGCUAGCUAGCCUUAAUAAAAGGUUUUACGAACUAUACCAACAUAGGCUAGACCAACUCAAGAUCGAAAUCAUCCAAAGUCUCAAGCAAACCGAUCGAGGAAGGACCUCGAAGGAGAGCAAACGAGAGAAUUGGAUCUUCGAUAAGAAACUACCGGCCCUAGAACCAAACGAUCCGACGAAAUUCCCGAAAUAUCUAAGAUCGAUCCAAAGUCGAAUCGAAGGAAAAAUGAUCGAACAAGAGGAAGAUCAUGAUGAGCAAAAUAAGACAGGGUCUUCUUCAAGUGGUGGGAUCGUCAAAAAAAUGGAGAAGGUUGCAAGGUUGCUGCAAGACGAUUUCAGGAGUUGGGAAGAGGAACGCGACAAAUCAAGGAGCAGGUAUCUCGAUCUGGGAGCUCAAUUUACCACGAGUUGUUUACAAGAAAUCAACGCGAUUUUGGACGAACACAUUGAGAAAUCAGAUGUUGAGAGAGAAUUGAGUGUAGGAGAUCUAGCGCUUCAAAUACUAUCGACUCGAAACAGUUUUAUGGUCGACCUAUCAUUACAAGAUCGGGAUGAUUUACAGCAAAGUCUGACCCAGCAGAGCUCGUUCAUCGAAAGUUUCCAAUCGGGCCUGAACCAGAUCCUUUCUCGCUCUUCACGACAUUGGGCUCAAUCGAUUGUCGAUCAGGCCGUGCUCAUCUUUCAGUCCUCGCACCGGAAACUCGCCCAAAACUCUCACUACUUCCUCUUGGAGGCGACGACGACAGACGAGUCAAGGAUGGUGACCCGGCCAAGCGAAGCGCUGUUCAUCUCACUCUCAUUCAUCUCGAACUCGACGACCCGAAGCUUAGGCGUCCAUCGCCUCAAAGCCCAGCAAGCUGGUCUAUUAGACACCCUGAUCGAGGGCUUCGUUCGCGGGAUCCUCGACGACCGGUUUCGGAAGCUUGUUGCCGAGGCUAAGCUUCAUGGCCCACAAAACCAGUAUCUGUUGGACUCGAUCUUCUUCGAUCUUGCCUUCUUGGUCCACUUGUUUUUCUCCUCCCCCGGCCGGUCUAUUCCCCACGCCCGUCAGGGACUCGAAGUGAUCAACGAAACAAUCGACUUGGUCCUCGGAAUCGAAGGAGGAGAGGGAAGAAGGACGAAGAUGGAGGAGAUCGAAGGCCAAGUGAGCCGGUUCAAAUUGACGAUCGUCAGACUAUGGUGGCCCUUGAUCCCCCUGCACGGUCUCGCCGAAGAUCGAGAGCGGAGCAGGGAAGAUGACGGUGAGGGGGACGAUAUCGAUGGACGAGCGCCGCCGCAGAAACCUUCCGGCCUCAUCCGCCCGGAUCAAUCCAAGUCGUCCCUCGUCGACUUCAGGAAAUUACCCAAGUUCGCCGGGAUCCGCUGUGUGAAACCCGGCAAUCGGUUCACCCUGAUGUCUGCCCAAUGA